GUUACUUGCAAUACAGGCUCUGCGCAGCAUUCAAGCAUUCAAGCAUCGCUAUACGUUUUCGCCAAAGCAUUUCAUUCGGAUCUGCAGGAUUCAAACCACAGCAGUUCAUUUGUAACCGAAAUGGACCCAUAGUAUGACAACUUUCAUUUGACUUGAUUUUUUUAUUUUAUUUCAUUGUCAUAUUUGAUAUUUAUUUUUCUUCAUCCGAUAUCAUUGAUUUUUUUACUCUCAUCCACAAUUGAUUUGCAGCCAGUUUGCUCACGACCACCCAGCUCUAAAGGGAAUACUGUGUCUCGAGCCGAUCUCUCUCUUUCUGUCUUUCCUGCUGUUAUUCGAGAAGGAGGCUCGCGCACUUUGGAUUGGUACCUUGACUGGUUUUACCAAGAACCGGACAAACGGGGGAUUUAUUCUUUGCUUCUGCGCUCGUGGAAGUGGACAACGGCGGUGACAGGGUCGCCUUUCUGUUGUGAGGAAUGUACCCUGUGCUCAGGUCGGCUCGCUGAGGGAGAAUAUUAACGCGCUAUCUUCUUCUCUCUGAAUGAGACUGCUUUGCACCUUUGGUUUUGUAUUCCCGAGGUGUUCGGGUAAAGGGACUAACUCGGCAGCAGGUUCUUUCUUGGAGAUGCACUACAUUUGAUUGUUUUUACGCAUUCACUAUUUCGUCCCUUUUUUCUCUCUCCCCAUUUUCAGAUCGUGAUAUAGAGUUUAAUUGCCUCAGUCAUUCUCUUGGGCGUUUCACGUCUCUUUUUUUGGACAUAUAAUUUCGGAUCGGAUUGUGAUCCUCCCGAAAGACCGUAAUAAUGGGGGAUUCGAUGUGGAGAUAUUAUGUAGGAGUUUUGUUUAUUGCGUGCAAGGUGAUCUUGACCAGGGCGAUAAUUAUGGACGCCAUAUAUUGGAACACAACAAAUACAAAAUUCGUGCCAGGACAGGGCUUGGUGUUGUACCCUCAGAUAGGGGAUAAGUUGGACAUAGUGUGCCCACGUGUGGACGGAGUAGCUGAUGGGGUGGAGUAUUACAAGAUCCACAUGGUUCCCAGGGAGCAGCUGGAGAGCUGCACCAUCACCAAGGCUGACACACCGCUGCUCAACUGUGUGAAGCCUGACCAGGACGUCAAGUUCACCCUGAAGUUUCAGGAGUUCAGCCCCAACCUGUGGGGCCUGGAGUUCUUCAGAGGACAAGACUACUACAUCAUCUCAACCUCUAAUGGCACAAUGGAGGGGCUUGAGAACCAGGAAGGAGGAGUUUGCAAGAUGAAAUCCAUGAAGAUAAUCAUGAAAGUGGGACAAAGUGCCUCUGAUCCUGUCUCACCCAAAGACUACCCCACCAGAUACCCUCCCAAGCAGCCCGACACAGUGGGAAAGGACUCCUACAAACCAAACGAAGUGCUGGAGAAGACAGAUUCGUCGUACAGGGAGGGCGAGGGCGACCAGGGGACGGGUGGCAAAUCCUCUAGCAUCAUCGGCUCCGAGGUGGCCCUGUUCGCAUGCAUCGCCUCGGGCAGCGUCAUCUUCAUCGUCAUCAUCAUCAUGCUGGUCCUGCUGCUGCUCAAGUACCGGCGACGGCACCGCAAGCACUCUCCGCAGCACGGCACCACGCUGUCCCUCAGCACGCUGGCCACGCCCAAACGGGGCAACAACAACGGCUCGGAGCCCAGUGACAUCAUCAUCCCUCUCAGGACUGCAGACAGCGUCUUCUGCCCGCACUACGAGAAAGUGAGCGGGGACUACGGCCACCCGGUGUACAUCGUUCAGGAGAUGCCCCCCCAGAGCCCUGCUAACAUCUACUACAAGGUCUAAACCUCCAACCUCCCUGGCAGGGCUCGUUUUUGGAUUGGACCCUCCUCUCCAUCUCUCUGUUAUUGUUCUUGUUGUUUUUACAGAAACGUUACUAUUUGUGGUUAAUAUUCCGUGUUUUUUGGGAUUCGUUCGAGAACGCGAAAGAGAAAAGCUGCUCUCCUGGGGAUUUUUUUUUUUUUGGGGGGGGGGGGGGUACCUCCUAUCCACUUCUCUUCUCUCCCAGCAGCUUGUGUGUGGACGGACGGACGGACGGACGGAGAGACAGAAAGAUGCCCCCUCCCCCCGCCCCCUACACGUGUUUGUUUUGGGUACACAGAAGGAACAGAGGAGUUUGACCCAAACCUCCCUGGAGUUCCUGCUCUGCGAUUCUCCCCAAAAGAGACUACUGCUGGGAAAGAGAGGGAAAGAGACAAUGGAGGGAGAAGGAGAGAGGAAAAGGAGAGAAGGGGCGGACCAUGAACUCAUGUCACUAAUGGCAGUUCGUCCCUCUGCCCAUGAGACACUUUGUGGAAAUAUCCACUCUGGGACAAUCCCGAAUGACACACGGACACCAACCUAUCACCCACGCACCCACGUACUCACCCACGUACUCACCCACUGUCAGUCACCGUGAACGGUUCAGACCCUCGUGCUCGUUACGACCCAUAAUUCCCUCAUCGUUCCGACCACACCUUUUCCUUCAUUGCAUCAUCAAUCAUUACCGUGGUUACUUGAAAAAAGGUUUUGGAGAAGAAGAAAAAAAACACGAUUCCUUUUUAUAGCUUCAUUAUUGUUGGUUCAUUCCUGGUAUUGUUCAACUUGCAGAUUAUUUUUUAUUUUUUUGGUAACGUGGUUUUGUCGCAGCUCAUGUCGUGCUGGUGUACGUGACUUUCAAAUACACACAGACACAUGUGAAAAACACAUGCACACGCACACACACACACACACACACACACACAUACACACACACGCAUGCGCACACGCACACGCACGCGCACACGCAUUAAGAGCAGCGUAGGACACACACGCACACGUACACACACACACAUACACACUGCAGCCCAGCACUGAGAGAGCAGAGAGUAGGACUUAGAGAGGGCUAGACCAUGUGGAGGGGUUUUAUUUGUGUUCCGUCGCAUCGGGGGACAUGCUGCUCUUUCUACUCCCUCUGAGUGGUCAGGGCUCACCAGGUGGCUUCUGGGAAGGGUGGAGGACCUAAAUGAAUGAUAGAGCAGCACUUUUAACCCCCCACUGUCCCUCUACCCAGUCAAGCAGUCAGAUCACAGAGAGGGAGAGAGAUGCGCUGGCAGAGGGGGUGAAAGAGAGAGAUAGAAGCUGUAUCCCUUUCAGUAUGGUUGUAAUAGUAGCAAGGACUGACUUUCCAUAGAUUGGCCUUUACAACACCGAGAUGUGUUGGUGAACCAGAAAUACAGGCAAUAAGAAAUCCCACCAUGCCUUGCUGCUGCAGUUUCAGCUACACGGACGAAAGGUAAAGAUAAGAGAAGCCCAGGUCUAAGUGGAGUUUAACCCAGCCGCUAGCUGAAACAGAGAGGUCUAAAUGGAGUUUAACCCAGCCGCUAGCUGAAACAGAGAGGUCUAAGUGGAGUUUAACCCAGCCGCUAGCUGAAACAGAGAGGUCUAAGUGGAGUUUAACCCAGCCGCUAGCUGAAA